GACACCUUAAUAUCUCGAUUGGGCAAAGUCACGCAUGGAGCCCUUUACCACGCUGGUGGCAGGCAGUGGAUCCAUCUGCCUAUAAAAGAGCAACCGGCCUGCUGGAAGCAUCAAUCUUCGUUUAGUCAUCUGAGAAAUUUUGUGUUCCGACAACGUAUCAGACACGAUGGAAAUAAAAACGUUCCCAGUGCCGGAGCCUUUUUGUUGGGACGAGAGUUUCUCCGUCGGCUACAAGGAGCUUGACGAGGAGCACCAGGGUCUAUUUAAGAUCGUCUCCGAGAUCAAUAAUAACCGCAACUCUGCGAGUCUUCUGAAGAAAUGCAAAGAGUUGGCGAUUUCCCACUUCCUCUGCGAGGAGAAGCGCCAGCAGAAAGCUAACUUCGCAGGCUACGACCUGGAGAAAAAAGUGCACGACGAAUUCCUUGAAGUUCUCGGCAAAGUCUCCUGUCCGGUCACCGACGAGGUGGUAAACUUCGCCAAGGACUGGUUGGUGCAGCACAUCAAAAACUACGACAUGUUAUACAAAGGAAAGUUGUAAGAGCUAGUUGGAAUAUUCGACAAUUACAGAGCCUGGGCGGCCGAAGUUCAUUCCUAUUCUGUCAUCUUGAAGUUGGGAAACAGGUGUUAAUGAAUCUUAUCUCGCGCCUGCGACGAUAUUUUAAUAAUCUCUAUUGAAUUAAAAUGUUCGCAAUUGGAUGAAAUUAACGUUUUCAAUUUAUCCGCAACGGUCAAUGAUCGAGAUUAUAAUUGGCAAUCUUUCGUUUUAAACCUUUCAUUUAAUCUGCAAUUUAUCACUAAAGCACGUUUCGGAAUAUAGUAAAAUGACUUUUAGCUGAUUCUUUAAAACCAAUUCUAGCGACCAAGGGUUUAAAGAUGUAUUUUAUAAACUAUAAUAAUUUCCUAACAUAUUCAGUAUUGAUAGAUACGAGACUCGCAUCAUGUUAUAGUACCACAGCCUUCUAUUUUGUGUCAAAUUAAAAACAAAUAAUUUGAUUACGCAA